AUGAGUUUUGUGAGCUUCAACGACAUGAAGUAUAACCAUGGUGGCAUGACUGGCAUCAGACUAGACAUGGAGGAAGAAGAAGGCAACCUCGAAAGUCUUCUUAAAUGGGCAGCGGUGUUCGGGAUAUCAGACUCGAAAUCUCUCGUCGUCUCCUACUUCCAUGGCGCAGGCGGGAGAGGUUUGGGGGCUGCUCGUGAUCUUGAAAAAGGAGAGUUGGUUCUCAAAGUUCCGAAGUCGGCUCUGAUCACAAGGGAAACUCUGUUACUGAAAGAUGAUCAUCUCUCUCUUGCUGUCAAUGCCCAUACUUCUCUCUCCCCUAUCCAGACAUUGUGUGUUUGUUUACUCUAUGAAAUGGGUAAAGGGAAGACUUCAUGGUGGUACCCUUACCUCAUCAAUUUACCUCGAAGUUACGACAUUAUAGCAACAUUUGGUGAAUUUGAGAAGCAAGCUCUGCAGGUGGAGGAUGCUAUCUGGGCUGCUGAUAAGGCCAUUUCCAAGGCUGAGUUUGAGUGGAAAGAAACCAAUACCCUCAUGGAACAACUUAAGCUCAAGCCGCAACUUCGAACAUUCAGGGCAUGGCUUUGGGCUUCUGCGACUGUAUCCUCACGGACGUUGCAUAUACCAUGGGAUGGAGCUGGGUGUUUAUGUCCUGUGGGAGACUUGUUCAAUUAUUCUGCACCUGUAGAAGAUUCUGAUUCUGACAAUGUGGAGCUUAGAACACAUGAAUUGGCCUUACAGGAUAUGACUACAGUGAAGGAGGAAACUUCUUGUAUACUAGAUAAUGAGCAGCUUGAUUCUGAUUCGGGAAGAUUAACUGAUGGUAGGUUUGAGAAUAAUGUUGGUGCAUAUUGCUUCUAUGCGAAGAAAAGUUACAGAAAAGGAGAGCAGGUCCUGCUGAGCUAUGGAACGUACACAAAUUUGGAGCUUCUUGAGCACUAUGGCUUUCUCUUAAAUGAAAAUCCAAAUGACAAAGCUUAUGUUCCCUUAGAACCAGAAAUUUACUCAUCUUGUUCAUGGCCUAAGGAGUUCCUGUAUAUCCAUCAAAGUGGAAAGCCGUCUUUUGCUCUACUUUCGGCUCUGCGAUUAUGGGCAACCCCAGCAAACCGGCGAAGAUCUGUUGGACACCUUGCUUAUUCAGGGCUCCAACUUUCUAUUGAAAAUGAGAUAUUUGUUAUGAGAUGGAUUUCAAACAAGUGUAACAGUAUUGUGAAGAAUCUGCCAACAACGUUUGAAGAAGAUAGUCUUCUAUUAAGUGUCAUUGACAAAAUCCAAAAUGUUAACGCCCCUUUGGAGUUUGCCAAUAUUUCAUCUGUAUCAACAGAUGAGAUUUGUACUUAUAGGGCUGAAGUUUUGAAGAAGGGAGCAACAGAUUCUGAAACAGUUGUUUCAAGGAAAACUAUGCAGCGGUCAAGGGAGAGGUGGAGAUUAGCUGUUCAGUGGAGGCUUAGUUAUAAGAAAAUUCUGGUUGAUUGUAUUUCUUUUUGUGAUGAAAUGAUAGAUGUACUACGUUCUCAACCAUCUCAUACCCAGAGCUGAGAAGGACGUGAUGCUGCAGUUCUUUCUUCUAUCAUGUUAACAGUGAAAACAACCUAAUGACUUGCUCUUUCACUCAGGCCAUUUCAUGUACCUGUUAUGGUAGCUAAUACACUGAGGCUGUUCAAGGUACAUCGUUAUGGAAAUAUGGAAAGGGGUAUGGCAUGCUAAUAUUCCAGCUAUGUGUUUUGAAAGCAUCCGAGUCAAUUCUUCCUACUUUGGUAGUUGCUUUUUGAACAUGUUUGUGUGAAGUGUUAUUUGUCUACUAUGUGCAGAAGAGCCAGAGACUACUCUCCCUCUUUUGCUGCACUUGUUCUUUACUCGAAAGGUCAUCUGGGCACAACCAAAGCUUGCACAGAUGUGUUUCUUUAGUUCAGUCACUUUCCAUUCAUUCAAGUCUUGGUUGUUAUACUGUUUUCAAGCAUUAUCAAAGGCAGGGUUCCAUAAUCUGCUGUUUCUCAUAUGUGGAGUAUGGCCUGAAAGGAAUGGUCUGAAAGUUAUGCGAAUUUGGGAGCAUACAGAAGUUACUACAAGUGAUGUCAGUUUCAUCAAGUGAAACCUAAAACCACAUACUCGUCAACGCUCAUUAUGUUGGAAAUCUCCAACAGAAGGCUGGCUAUAGCAUAUCUGUCAGUUUUGUGGUGGUUUUCCAUCGAAUAAUAGUACUGGAGGGUCUGGUGUCAUCAGAAGAUACAAUAAAGAUGAUUGUGUUUGGUGCCUAGACAUUACUUGCUUCAAAUUGUCUAAUGUCCAGCUUGAAUCGAA